AUGAUUCUGUCAAGGUGUCAGUGUUUUUACGGCCCAAGCUGCUCAUCAAACAUAACAGAUCCUUGCGCUACAUACCAACUGCCCCCUCCCCUGCCGAAAGUGUUUUCCACUUUUUACACCACAACAGUCACAACUUGUGUAAACAAAGCCUGCACUAGUGAGACAAAUAUUGGCGAACUACUGCAGAAUGCCACCGCUGGAGAGCAACGACGUGAUGAAAUCGGAAUAAGCUGGAACACGCGGUUUAUCUUCCCCUUCCAGUACAUCGAAAACGACGACUAUAUCCAGUUCGAAACAGCUUGGUUUAAGAAGAACUGCACCCUUAAAACCCGUUCCAUUUUCCCGCGCUUUGGAGUACCGUAUUAUUUCACGUGUGAACUGUCAGAGAAGUAUAUGGAAAAGUACAACGCAACACUAAAGAUGUGUGCAUGGGAGUCUGGGGGCCGCAGUAAGACCGAGAUGGUCUCCUCAGAGAGAUGGUACCUGGAAAGCCUCCCUAAUAGUCAGUACAGGCCAUAUAUGUACCAGUCCAUCGCGCGACCAACUCCCAGUAGCAACAUCACUGUAUACGCUGAUACCAUGUACUAUUCAUUUUUCACGGAUUUCUUGGAUCCAAGCCAGCUGACGAUGCCUACAUUUUGCGCUCAGGGAGCCGCAGUUUUCUACAAAACUGAGGUUUAAGAUCCUACGCUCCUGCAUGCUCGCGUCUGACUUUCGGCAGAAGAGAUUCCAUACAUUCUGGCAGGGAAAAAAAAGAUAUGUUGAUGAUGUAGACUGUUAGAAUUAUUGAGGGAUUCCCCAAUUGACUUUUGACGAAGAUUUGAAAAGAUAAAUCUUCUUUGAAAAAAAGUCCCAAACAAAUUUAUCUCAUAAUACAAAAUUGUACUAUCGCGAGUUUCUGAAGUAAAUUCAUGGUAAUCUGCUCCUCACUUUGACAAUAAAAAAUUAGCCUAUGGUUUU